CAAGAAAUGCUCAAUGGUGAUUGGUUAGAUUGUUAAAUUCAAAUGUAAAAAAGCCGUUGAUCUAAAAUAUACACACACCGGUACACCGGGUAUGGUUAUUGGUUACAUCGGGGGACCCUGUUGAAUUUCUUGUCGUUGUCGAAUGUCGUGUACCCCUUGACUUGUUAGUUUCAUCUUCGUUCAACCUGCAUCGUUUUCACUGCUUCCCCCUCAGUGUUUAAUAGUUUUUUUUUUUUAUGUUUAUUCGUGUAAAUUUUAUUAUUUGUCAAUAAUUAUUUAACAAAAAAAUUUUUAAUUGAAUUCAUUGUAUUGUGUUUUCGUGUUUGAAAAAAAAAAAAAUCAUCAUGUCAUCUAAGGACGAGAAAGAGUCCAUCAUUCCUGAUGUUAUUUAUGACGAAAAAAAUGGUAAAAGUUAUCAAAAAGGACGUUUUUUUGGCAAGGGUGGCUUUGCAAAAUGCUACGAAAUUCGAGAUACAAAAAAUCAAGAUAUAUUUGCUGGUAAAAUUGUGCCAAAAUCCAUGAUGUCAAAAAGUAGUCAACGUGAAAAAAUGAGCCAAGAAAUUGCAAUUCAUCGUAGCUUGUGCCAUAAAAAUAUUGUUGGCUUUCAUGGUUAUUUUGAUGAUUGUUAUAAUAUUUACAUUGUUCUUGAACUUUGCAGAAAACGAUCAAUGAUGGAACUUCACAAGCGUCGUAAAGCACUUACUGAAUGUGAAACAAGAUAUUUUAUGAAACAAAUACUUGAUGGUGUUAAUUAUCUUCAUAAAAAUCGUAUAAUACAUCGUGAUUUAAAACUUGGUAAUUUAUUUCUUGAUGAUGAAUUACAAGUUAAAAUUGGUGAUUUUGGUUUAGCAACAAAAUUAGAACAUGAUGGUGAAAGAAAAAAAACAUUAUGUGGUACACCAAAUUAUAUUGCACCAGAAAUAUUAACAAAAUCAGGACAUUCAUAUGAAGUUGAUGUAUGGAGUAUUGGUUGUAUAAUGUAUACAUUGUUAGUUGGUAGACCACCAUUUGAAACAUCAUCACUACGUGAAACAUAUUCACGUAUUAAACAAGUACAAUAUAAAACACCAACAGCUGUUUGUGAAACAGCAAUAUCAAUGAUAACAAGUACAUUACAAGGUAAUCCAUCAAGACGUCCAAGUGUAUCAAAAUUAUUAAAAGAUCCAUUUAUAACUGAUGGUUUUAUGCCACAAGGUUUACCAUUAUCAUGUUUAACAAUGGCACCACGUCUUGAUACACUUGAAACACAUAAUCAACCACGUCAACCAUUACAUGAAAAAAAUCAAAAUGGUGGUGGUAAUGGUGUUAGUGGUGGUGUUGGUGGUGUUGGUGUUACUGGUGAUCAUCAAUUUAUUGUUCCAAGUAGUCCAGCAAUAUGUAGACCAAGACCAGAUAUUGCAACUGAAGCACAAAAAUCAAAUCGUGAUAUACGUAAAAUGUUAUUAACAUUAAAAGAACAAAUAUCAUCAGUAUUAUCAGCAAGACCAGCAAGAAAUGAUGCUGCAUCUGGUGUUGAAUAUACUGAUCCAGCAGCACAACCAUUUUUAUGGGUUAGUAAAUGGGUUGAUUAUUCAGAUAAAUAUGGUUUUGGUUAUCAACUUUGUGAUGAUGGUGUUGGUGUUAUGUACAAUGAUGGUACAAGACUUAUAAUGCUUGCUAAUAAACAUAAUAUUCAUUAUAUUAAUCGUGAUGGUAGUGAAUUAUAUUAUACACAACAAGAUUAUCCAGCAUCACUUGAAAAAAAAAUGAAAUUAAUGAAUUUCUUCCUUAAAUAUAUGAAUGAACAUUUAUUAAAAGCUGGUGGUUCAGCACUUAUUAGACAAACUGAUAGUAUGUCAAGAAUACCAUAUAUGCAUCAAUGGUUUAGAACACAAACUGCUGUUGUUAUGCAACUAACAAAUGGAUCUGUUCAGAUUAAUUUCUUGGAUCAUACGAAAAUUAUCAUGUGUCCAUUGAUGGCUGCUGUUACAUAUAUUGAUCAAGAACAAAAUUUCCGCACCUAUCGAUUUGAAACUAUUCAACAAAAUGGAUGCAGUGCUGGUCUUGCAAAAUGUCUUGAAUAUGCUUAUGAUAAACUUGGUCUUAUGAUAUCAAAUCUUCAAGCAGCACGAUAAGUCUUUAUAUUAUAAUUCAACAAUUAUUAUUUUUAACUUUCAAUUUUUAAUUAUAUAAGUAGUAUUAUUA